UGGCUGGCGGGGUGGGGUUGCGCCACAACCGGGCUCUAGGGACCCCUGCUUGGUUUAACGGCCAAUAGGAACAGGUGUGUUGGAAGUUCAACUGUCAGCCUUGCGGAUUCUGAGAUCAAGCAAUGUGGUAUUUUGGUAAGCUCUCCCUUCCUCGAUCUCGGCACCCAGGGGAACGACGACCACUUGAAGUGCGCCGUCAUUCGUAUACCUGUAUUGGCAUGCAAUAAGGUAGCGAGAAUGGCAGUGCUAUCGUGGGGAACGCUCAAGUCCCUUCUCAUCUUCUUCGGGCCCCUGCUCCUGCCCAAGGCGAUAGGAUACUACCGAUCCGUCCGAAAUGGGCCCAAGCGACACAGCGUAGCUAUUCGUCCGCUGCCCUACAAGGCCUCCCUCGCCCUCGCGGCCCUCAUCGGCGUCUCGCUCGUCUUCUUCGCCAAGGCGCUGCCCAUCUUCGCGCCCGAGAACAUCUUCCGGGUGACGCAGUCGCGGCUCCAGGCGCCGGUGGACGUGCUCUUCACGCGGCUGGCGGCGAUGCGGCCGGACGGCGUGCUGGGCCCCAUCGACACGGCCCUGCGCGCAAAGUUCGUCAACCUCGAGUCGCGCCUGCUGUACCUUCGCUUCGGCCCGGAUGUGCUGGCCUCGUGUCCCUUCUGCGCCGCCGACGAGCCGACAUCAUACCUCUACUACGCCCUGCCGGCCCUCCUGGCCCCGCACCUCGCCAACCUCGCCCUCAUCGCCGCCGCCACCUCUCCGCUCAUCGCCGGCCGCGAGGCCUCUUCGUGGCGCCGUGCCGCGGCCCUCACCGCCGCCGUCGCCGCCGCCGUGGACGCCUACCUCGCCACCUCCUACAACCACCAGGCCAACGCCCGCGCCCUCCGCCUCGCCGACGUCGACGCCUUCUUCUGGACCGCCCGCGCCCGCCGCAACGCCGCCCUAGGCCUGAUCGACGCCCUCCUCGCCUGGCUCGUGUACCUGACCGCGACGAACCGCGCCUUCGUCCGGCCGCCCUCGGCCGCCGAGCGGGCCGAGGCCGCCGUCCGGUCCCUCGGCGCCGCGCGGAGCAGGCUGCACGCCGUGGGCGUGGUCAGGAACGCGGGGAGCCGGGACGCGGGGCUGAGGGCGCGCGUGGCGGGCUACUGGGCGCGCGAGGCGUCGGUGAUGGGGGAGGUCAUGGAGGAUCGCGAGGUGAUCGAGGGCGUAAACGACGCGCUGGAGAACCGUAUCGACAUCGCGACUAUAUCAAGGGACGCCGAGGCGUACGCCCGGAGCGUGGUGGUUCAGCCCGUGAGGCAGACCCCGGUUGCAGGAUCGGAGGAAGGUUGAGGAUUUGUUUGAUGGCUUCGGCGAAUAAAAAUAAAAUAAAAUACAAAAACCCUCUCUUUCUUGACCACAGCAUCUAUCUAGUUGUACAGAGAGCUCACUGGCUUUUAUUCUAAGUCAUGAGUGGGCAUUUCUCUGCCCCGAUCUUUGCGAGGCACCCGGACCCGAUGACCUCCCUCAAUGGCAUUUAGGCCUGAUUAGAAAAACAAAGGGGAUUAAUCUAGCCAUCAAAUCAUCCAAUGCCCUCAGCA